CUAUGUUUCCAUAUAUGAUAUCUCCACAUCCAGUAAUUUAUGCGACCGUGAAAGGUGUCRUAGCAAUUAAAAUUUCCAGCAAAUUAUGCAAAAACUAUAGGUUGUAAUGUAAAGCACGCAGUUUGGUUUCAGUUUUCAAGUACAUCGGUAAUCUCUAAGGCUGUGAUGGCUUCACCGGCGGUGACGAACCCUAGCGGUGUCAUUGCUUGUUCAAAAGCUGGGUUUAGAAGAACAAUUCUUCACGACCUCCGUGAACGGCAGGGCCAAAGCCCUUAUUAUGAUAAGAUCUGCCGCCCGGUCACUGAUCUCCUUCCCUUGGUUGCAUCUGGGAUUAAAGGUGUUACUUCCAAUCCUAAGAUCUUUGAGAAAUCUAUAAUGUCGUCCACAGCUUACGACGAACAGUUUAGAGAUCUAGCAAAAGAAGGAAAAGACAUGGAAAGCGCAUACUGGGAACUGGUAACAAAAGACAUUAGGGAUACCUGUGAAAUCUUAGAACCAAUCUACAAAGAAACAGGUGGUUUAGACGGCUAUGUCUCUGUACAAGUUUCCCCUUGGCUUGCUGAUAACACACAGAAGACAGUCGAGGCAGCUAAAUGGCUUCAUAAAACAGUCGGUCGUCCAAAUGUGUAUGUCAAAAUUCCCGCAACUGCUGAAUCCAUACCCGCAAUAAAGGAGGUCAUUUCCCUAGGAAUAAGCGUAAAUGCAACUCUCAUAUUUUGCAUAUCCACUUACGAAAUGGUAAUCGAUGCCUACUUGAAUGGCCUCGAGUGCUGUGGAUUGAAUGAUCUCUCGGCCAUUUCUGGCGCUGCGGCUUUCUACAUAAGCAGAGUAGACGCUACUGUUGAUGCUGAGCUUGAAAAGAUAGCAACCCCUCAGGCCCUUGUGCUCAGAGGGAAGGGAGCGGUAGGUCAAGCAGCAAUUGCAUAUAAAAUUUACAAGGAGAAGUUUUCGGGAGGAAGGUGGGAGGCAUUGGCGGAGAGAGGAGCCAAGAAGCAGAGAUUGAUGUGGGCCUCAACAAAUGUGAAAAAUCCAGCCUACCCAGAUACCUCCUAUAUCGAUCGUCUGAUUGGACCAGAAACGAUAUCGACCAUACCAGAAGAAGCUCUAGCGGCAUUCAUGGACCAUGGCGUUGUUUCUAGAACUCUGGAUUCGAAUAUGGAAGAUGCGGAGAGUGUUUACAGGGAAAUACAGAAAUUGGGGAUUGAUUGGAAGGCCAUUGGCUCGCAGCUGGAGGGCCAAGUGCUGGACGCCUUCAAGAAUAGCUACGAUACUGUUCUUCGCAGCCUGCAGCACAGGGCAGUGUCGUAUUAGCUGUGUCCAAUUGUUGAUGACAAUAACAUUGUAUUGUAUACUCACUUCUUUUUUCCAGCAGUUUGUGGGGUUUUCGAAUACAUUCCAAUGGUAACACAGGGGGGUUUCCAAUUGGCUAUGAAAUUGCGUUCACCUUCAUUCCAACCAACUAUGUAUUUAAGGAAAAUUAUAAUUAGUGGAAAA